GGCUGGGGUGGAACAGUCCUGUAAUGAGCAGAUUUUAGAGAGAGAGAGAGAGAGAGAGCGAGGAAGAGAGCAAGAGAGAGAGAGAGGCCGAAAAACAAGAGAGGACAGAUGACUUGGUGGAAUUGGGAUACAACAACAAUCCAGGUUUCAGGCUAUGCCGAGGCGGAGAGGACAAAGGGAAGAGGAGAGGAAUAACUCAUUUUUUCUUCUUCACAUCCUCAUCUCUCGGAGACGCUCAUCUUUAGAUCACAGCGGAGCGGAGAGGAGGAAGAGGGAUAUUCAGUGAUGUCUGCCGAGGUGUGUGUGCGAGGCUGAGGCUGUGUGUGCUUAUGGAUGUGUGUCUCUGUUUCCAGGCCAUGCUAUAGAGCUCCAACUUCUCUCUCUUCUUCUCUUUUUUUUCAAAUGGCGUACCAGUGCAGCAGCAUCCCCGUCCUGGUGCGGCAGGGCUAUGUGGAUGCUGUAAUGUCUGACUGAGCCGAGCUCGGUCCCCGCCACCACUGUGGGCCUUCUGGGACUGCUGGAAAAAGCCUAGGCCUUGCUUGUCUGGAGCGCCCCGCUGCACCGGCUGAGGCGACGGGUUGGCGAGCUCCCCGGCUGCGAGGCUGCGUGGAGCAGGAAGGUGGAGGAGGAAGUGGAGGAGGAGGAGGAUGAGAAGCACUCUGAGCCUGCAUGCCCAUGGGAAGCAGCAUGCACAGCAGCUGCGUUCGUCACUCCAGACCCGUCGCUGAAGCUUAGACUGCUUCUCCAUCAUCAGGCGAUGCUCUUCGGGCCACGUCGGGCGGCUUUUAAAAACCAGGAGCUGGUGUUUUACAUCCUAAACUAAGCGGAGAGGGAGAGUCGAGGCCCUGCACCUCCGUGCUACCAGAUUCAAACCAGGCCUCCUCCCUCUUUGCUCCUUCUGAGUGAACCAGGCCCUUCUUGUUUUUUCUUUUUCUUGACGUUCUAAGGAUUUGCCUAAACCUGUUUCAUGCAUGUCCACUGGAGGCAGGUUUGACUUUGAUGACGGGGGGUCGUACUGCGGGGGGUGGGAGCAGGGGAAGGCCCAUGGACGAGGGGUCUGCACGGGGCCCCAGGGUCAGGGCGAGUAUGCGGGUGCAUGGAGCCACGGCUUCGAGGUCCUGGGCGUGUACAUGUGGCCCAGCGGGAACAGUUACCAGGGCACCUGGGCGCAGGGCAAGCGGCACGGCAUCGGCGUGGAGAGCAAGGGCCGCUGGGAGUACAGAGGGGAGUGGACGCAGGGGUUCAAAGGUCGCUAUGGGCAGCUGGAGAGCACGGCGAGCGGCGCCCGGUACGAGGGGACGUGGAGCAACGGGCUGCAGGACGGAUACGGCACCGAGACGUACUCUGAUGGAGGAACCUACCAGGGCCAGUGGCUGGGCGGGAUGCGUCACGGCUAUGGCGUGCGGCAGAGUGUCCCGUACGGCAUGGCGGCCGUCAUCCUCUUCCCUCUGCGAACAUCCAUAAACUCGCUCCGCUCCGAGCACAGCCACGGCCCUCCGGCUGUGCUGGAGGAUGGCAGCGCCACCACGCCCACCGAUGGAGUGGUGGCCGGGCUGGCGGGAAGCCCUGUGGGCCGCGGCGGGUUCGCUCUGACGGCGCCGAGCGAAGCCGAGCGCCAGAGGAAGAGGAAAGGCCGCUUCCGGCAGUCAAUCCUGAGCGGCCUGAAGCUGCGGCGCUCUGAGUCCAAAAGCUCGCUGGCCAGUCAGCUCAGCAAGCAGAGCUCGUUCUGCAGCGAGGCGGGCAUGAGCACCGUCAGCUCCGCCGCGUCCGACAUCCACUCCAACGCUAGCGAGAGCGAGCAGGGCGCCCCCGUGGACGCCACCGUCACUGAAAUGUACGCCGGAGAGUGGCGGAGCGACCAGAGGGCGGGCUGGGGUGUGAGCCGGCGCUCUGACGGCCUGCAUUACGAGGGCGAAUGGGCGGCGAACAAGAGGCACGGCUACGGCUGCACCACCUUCCCCGACGGCACCAAGGAGGAGGGCAAGUACAAGCAGAACACGCUGGUGAGCGGGAAACGCAAGAACCUGAUCCCACUGAGGGCCAGUAAGAUCAGAGAGAAGGUGGACCGAGCAGUGGAGGCCGCGGAGAAGGCUGCAGACAUCUCUAGGCAGAAGGCCGAGAUCGCCAUGUCGAGGAUGAGCCAUGCUCGUGGGAAGGCGGAGGCCGCAGAAGGAGUGGCGCAGAAGGCCAUGGAGGAGUGUCGACUGGCCCGGAUCGCUGCCAAAGAGCUCUCUCCCUCCUUCCACAUCUACGGGAACGGGCUCGAAUGUCAGAGGCCUAAGCACCAGGACGCCAAGGACAAAGACCAUGAGGUGAUCUCCACAGGAACAGACAGUCCGGAGCUGUGCACGCCGGACACCACGCCGCCUGUAAUAACACCUGAUCUCAGCCCCGUGCUGAGCGUGCCCACCUCGCCCCCCCACAGCCCGCCCAAGCACGGCCACCGCCCUAGAAACGCCUGCUUCAUGCGCCAGAGCGCCGUGGACGACCAGGGCGGGGCUGAGAUCCAGGUGCUGGUGGAGGGGCGAGGCAUGGAUCUGCCGAGGAGCGGGGCUAACAAUUGGACUGAUGACAUGUAUCCGGACCGCGGGGGCAGCAGCCGCUCCACCACGCCCUCCCUCCUGGAGGAGCAGGAGGGCCAAAUUAACGGCCACGAGCAGGCCCCGAUGUCCAACCACAAACCACGGGAGAAAUCCUCGUCCAAUCACAAGUCCCGCGAGCACGCCUCCUCCUACAGAGCGUGGGAGCACUCCUUGUCCAACCAAAAGCCCUCCAAGCAAGCCUCUUCCAAUCACAAGUCGAGGGAGUACUCGUCCUCCAAUCACAAAACAUGGGAUCAUUCUUCCACCAAUCACAAGGCCUGCGAGCACGCCUCUUCCAACUACAAGCCGCAGGUGCACAUUUUAUCCAAUCACAAGGCCUUGGAACAUAACAUGUCCAAUCACAAGACUUCUGAGCAUGCUUCUUCCAAUCACAAGUCCCAAGAUUAUAUCUCCUCUAAUCACAAUGCAAAGGACCAUGUCUCUUCUAGUUACAACCCUCGAGAGCAUGUUUACUCCAACCACCAUCCAAAGCAGCACAACCCCUCCAACCACAAGCUUAAUGAGCAUGCUGUAAUCGACCAAAGGCUCGACGGCCUCACUGGGGGCUGGACUGCUGAGAGCACCCUUAGGUGGAGCCCCGCCCACUCGCGCCUCACGGAGCAGGACGAGGAGAGGAUGAAUGACUAUACGGUGGACAUGAGGCUCCAGUGUCCGGACUCACAGGCGUCUCGGGGGCUGGGCCCGGAGUCCCCGGCCCCCAAAAACAACCGGCUGCGAUCCAGAGGCCUUCGGCCGGUCAGAGAGGGUUCCAUGGACUCUGUACAGAUGCUGGACAACCUGAAUGUGGGGGCAGAGUUGGAGGAGUGGCCGCUGCACAGGGACCUUACCCUCUCCCCGCCCCUCAAGUCUCAGCCCAUCACUCUGGAGCAGGAAGGAGAGCAUCUCACCCUCAAAUCAAACUCAGGCUCCAGCUCUAUUCUGGUGGUUAUGGUCAUUUUACUCAAUAUUGGAGUAGCCAUUCUUUUCAUUCACUUCUUUAUUUAAGCUUAUACAGGUAUGAUCUACUAAGACUUAUUGAUAACUACGGUAUAUUAUAUUAUUACUUACUGAGACGGACAUUCUGCCUAUUCGACUGGAGCCCGCAGCCCGCAGCCCGAGUGACGGACACAGCAGAGCCUUUCUAUUGUUGCUACUGGUCUUUCCACCUCUGUUCAAGCCCGUUUCAGGUCCUGCGAAAGCACCGUUUCCUUUUCAAGAUGCUUUUUUUUGAGUUUGCAACCAUACAUAGAAAUGAAAAGUAAAGAAAGUGUGGGUGGGGGGUAAAAAAAGAAGAAGUUCAGCUUUAAAACCAGCGUGGUGUAUCGGGACACACGUGCAUGGGUGUCCAUCAGUAUAAUGGAGAUGGCACAGGCCGUUUUGCCCAUUUUUCCAUCACUGAACAAGAAUAUAGCAACCCUUGCUUCCUGGUUAUCAUGAGGAAGCACGGCACACACUCCAUCCAAUGACCCCUUCUGCCUUCUGCCCCGCCCCCCGUUGGCCCCCAUCUGCCAUCCUUCAACCCCUCUUCGCACUAUGCGCUACAUACAGAACUAUGCUGCAAGAGUAGAUCCAUUUUAAAGGGCUCCGUCAUUAUUAUUUUCUUUUUUCCACUACGAACUGCACACACAACCAUUGCAUGAGGCUGUGUGGGGUUUUAAAAGUGCAUUUUCUAUCCCUUUAACAUCACUGUUCUGUCCUCAUUUGUAUGCACUCCAUCCUGGAUGUCACUUCCACUUCAACACACUCAAACAAAAACACACUUCCACUUUCAUGUGUGUCGGCAGAGAUUUGAGGGGGAAAAAAAUCAGCCGCCACGCCACUUUCACGUCCAAUCAAAAAUCACAGAAUCUGACUCUGAACCAGAUUCAUCAGCGACCAACACCGAGUCUAAAAACCUUGAGGGACUUCUUUAGUUAUUGUUAAGUGAAACACAUUCGCACGCAAAAGACAAGAAAAAAGAAAAAAAAAAACACAUACACAUUUAACCGCUGACAUACUGAGGAGGGUUCAGCCUUGCCCCUUUGUACAGCCUUGAGACUGUUAUGUUAUAACCACUAAUUCUACUAUAUAUGUGUAUGUGUCAUUAUUAUUCAAAGUUUGUUACUUUUUUGCAGUUUGCAAGACAGAGAGAAUGCUGAGUGCCUCGUAUUUAUUCAUUUUCCGUCUAAAAAAUUUGUUUAAAAAACCCUGACCCAAGAUAAUAAAACACCCAGGCUAAGAGGAAACAAAUAACCUUCAACAUUAAGAAAGGUGACCCACCCCUUCCCGUCCAACACACAUACACACACACACACACACACACACACACACACACGCACACACACGAAAACCUCCCUUCCACCCUGAAAUGGCAUGCACUGUUUUGUCUCUCUCCCAGUCCCCCUUUUGGACCAAUCAAAAAGGGAAAAAUGGGGUUUCUAUGGUGUCAUUUCCAGACACUUUUUGGGCCGGAUGAGAUUUUUUUCAGCAUGUUUGUUCAGCCUGCUCAAUCUGGUGUCAGUUUGUGAGUUUCUCCCUCUUGUCUCUUUUAAUCCAGCAACACAAGGCUACGUGAGACAAGGAGAGCAGUGUAAAAUAAACGCUAGCUUUUAAAAACUCUCAGUGGAUUUACCGAAAAACCGUCCUGAGUUUAUGAAUGAUAUAAAAAGAAACUCUCUGCUACUGUAUGUUUUAUACUUCGCACCCAGUGGCAUCAUCAUGUUGUGACAUCAUUGCAUGCCCGAGCAUGCUCUUUCUUACUCUUUGGUUUAUGAGGUUGUUUCGAAGUUAAUGUGGAGAAAAUAAUGAAAUGUUUGAAAUUAAU